UAAAGAAAAUAUUCAUUGAAAGGGCAGACAAUGUGUCAAAGACUGUAUGGGAACCGCUGUUGGCGAUGGAAUUCUUGGAGUUUAAAAUCGAUGGCAAUCGUAAUCAUUACGAGGAUAAAGACUUCAAACGCCGCAAUAGACUCAUGGAUUUGGUUUUGGGAGAGUUGUUAACCGACAACAAGACAUAUGUCGAGCAAAUAGCAAAUGGUUUGUGGCUUAUACUGGAGGAGAGCACCUGGACCUGGCCCGCACACAUGUCCAUGCAAAAGGGCGGUGGAGGUAUGCCCGACCCCUCACAGUGGGUCUUAGAUCUCGGGGCUGGCGAGUCAUCCGCAUACGUGGCCUGGAUUAGAUUUCUUCUUGGCGAUAAACUCACAAAACUCUCGCCAAUGUUUGUAAAGCGUAUGGACUAUGAGUUGGACAGACGUGUUGUCGAGACAUUUAUGAACAAUGACUUGAGUUGGAUGGGUUUUGAGCGCCAGAAAGUGAACAAUUGGAACAUUUGGAUCAAUACUAAUAUACUGAUGACUAGUCUUCUGACAGUAAACGACACCAAAAGACUAGAUGUCAUCAAAAGGGCGGUCAUGAGUGCAGAUAAUUGGUUGGACUGGUAUGGAGAGGACGGUGGGUGUGAUGAGGGACCGAGUUAUUGGUACGAAGCCGCCGGACGUUUCAUACAAUUCUUGUAUUACAUAUCAUCUGCGAGUCGACACCAAAUGGACUGGUCGUCCAAACCUAUAGUCAAGAGUAUCGGAGAUGAAAGUCGUACUGAUGUUCGUAUGCAUCAGUUUUAUAUGGAAAUGAUUGCCUAUAACUCUCUUAAGUCAGAAGUGCCUAAAGCUCCACAACCUCUGGAGUCGUGGUUUCCUGACCUCCAAGUGAUUACAUUGCGAUCAGAAGAGGGUUCAGCUAAAGGACUGUUCUUAGGAGCAAAGGCAGGAACUAAUGAUGAGAGCCAUAACCACAACGACGUCGGAAACUUUGUCCUCUAUGUCAACGGAUUACCCGCUUUAAUAGAUAUAGGAGUGGGAACUUAUACUAAGGACACCUUCGGUCCCCAUCGCUAUGACAUAUGGACGAUGCAAUCCCAAUGGCAUAACACCCCAACCAUUAAUGGCGUUCAGCAAAAGGCCGGCGCCCAAUAUGUGGCCAAAAACGUGACCUAUAAUAAGACAAGUGCCGAGUUUGAGGCCGAUAUAGCCGGCGCUUACCCUAAAGAAGCGCAGGUUAAGAGUUGGGUCAGAAAAUUAACUUUUGAUAGAAAAGCAAAUACUGUUACAAUGGAUGAGAAUUAUAGUCUGGAUAAGUUUGUGGAGCCGUUUAAAGUGCAUUUCGUGACUAUAUUAAACAAAUCAAGUGAUGACCAGAAGAAUGGAGAUCUGGUUCUC